CGUCGCCGCAUCCAUCGCCGAGCUCGCAAGCGCCAUCCCGUCCUCAGCCGGCGUCUACCACUGGGCGUCGGUGACGCCCGGGCACGAAUGGGGCCGGGUCGUUGGCUUUCUCGCCGGCUGGUGGAACUAUCUCGCCUGGGUCUUUGGCACCGCCUCCAUGUCGUCCAUUUUUGGCAACACAAUUGUGCAGAUGUAUGCGCUCAACAACCCCGACUUCGAGGCCCAGGCCUGGCACGUCUUUGUCGUCUACCUGAUCAGCACCUGGCUGGCCUGCUUUGCCGUUUGUGUGGCCAACUCCGCCAUGCCCCAUGUCAACAAGGUCGGCAUAUAUGCCAUUCUCGGCGGCUUUGUCAUCACCAUCAUCACCGUCUGCGUCAUGCCUGGCACCGGCGGCCGGCCGCCCCAUGCGAGCUCAUCUUUUGUGUGGCGCGAGUGGCAGGCCGACCUCGGCUAUCCCGAUGGCAUGGUCUUCCUGACGGGCAUGCUAAAUGGCGCCUUUGGUGUUGGUCCUGUGGACGCCACAACCCAUCUGGCCGAGGAGAUCCCGUCUCCGCAACGCAAUGUCCCCAUCGCCAUCUUCCUGCAAGUACUCAUCGGCUUCGUCACUGGUUUCGCCUAUCUGAUUGCACUCAUGUACGCAAUCAGCGACUACGACGCCCUCUUUGUGUCACCCUACCCUAUCGCUGAGAUCUACCGCCAGGCCACCAACUCCACUGCCGGCGCGAUCGGUCUGCUCUCGCUCAUCCUCAUCUGCAUCGGUCUCACCGUCGUCGGCCUCUAUAUCACCUGCGGUCGGACGCUCUGGGCCCUUGCAAGAGACGGCGCAGCGCCGUUCCCCAAGGUCUUUGGGCACGUCCACCAAAAACUCAAGAUGCCCCUCUGGUCCACAAUCGCCACCGCCGUCCUGGUCACCUUACUGGGCAUUAUCUACGUGGGCAACACGACCGCCUUCAAUGCCUUUGUGGGAAGCUUCGUGCUCAUGUCCACCAGCUCCUUCCUGGCCUGCAUCCUCCCCAACCUUCUUACCGGCCGCAGGAACAUCACGUACGGGCCAUUCCACCUCCGCGGCGCGCUGGGGUUCGUCCUCAACGCCGUGGCUUGCAUCUACAUGUUGGCCUUCUUCGUUAUUUAUUGCUUCCCUCCUGCUCUGCCGACGACCGCGGCAUCCAUGAACUACGCCUCCCUUUUGUGGGGGGGAUUCACAAUCAUCAUGGGGCUUUGGUGGCUUCUUGGUGCUCGCAAGGGAUAUGUUGGGCCGUUGACAACCGGAGGGGGUGCUCAAUGAUGUUCACGGGGGACUGCAACUCAAAUUAUGUUUCUUCUGCCAAAAGGGAGGAUCGUCGUGCGAAAAUAAUGCUCAUAUGUUGGGAGAUAAGCAUGCAUAUAAAUUUGACUACCACUCAAAUCUAGCAUUGAGUUCUAUAUCCCUAGACGCUCUGCGAGAACAAUGUCUUCAUUCCC